UUCGCGUCCCCAAACGGCAGUGAGAUUGCGGCAAACAUUCGAGUACCACAAAUUCAUCCGAGAAAACAAAGAUUUAAAUAUUUAAAUAUAGCGUGAGGCUGAAAAUUCCUGUCUCCUUCUUCAGGCGUCGAACGAGGCAUCUUACAAGGUAGAUAAUUGGUGGUGAAAUAAUUAUAACCACAGCCUACCGGUAACUAAUACUUACGUCGAAUUUGGGUUUCCAAGAUGACGUCUUCUGAGCCAUUGGUUGUGGACUCUGUUUAUCUAUACGAGAAGGAAAAUGCAGUCGCACAUCACACAGGAAAUUACGAGCUGGUACACCUGGAGCCACCAACGCCGGUUCUCCGACGGGGACAACCCUUCAAUGUGGCUGUGCGUUUCAACCGGCCAUACGUGGACUCAACGGACAUCGUUCGUUUGUUGUUCAACUUUGGCCCAAAUCCUAAUGUGAUGAAGGGGACCAGAGGAAUCAACACUGUCACCAACAGAGAUACUUAUCUACAUGAUUUAGAAUCCUGGGGUGUACGUAUGGUUGGUUCCAGUGCGGAGGAUUUGUCCGUCGAAGUUCGGAGCCCCGUUGACAGCCCAGUCGGCAUUUGGCAACUGAAUAUAGAAACAACUACGUUGGGCAGUAAGAAAGCUCCCAACACCUUUCAAUUGGAAAAAGAUAUCUAUAUCUUGUUUAAUCCAUGGGUAAAAGAGGACCUUGUGUAUAUGGAAAAUCAAAGACUGCUGGAUGAGUACGUGACAAACGACACUGGAAAGGUCUGGGUUGGUGCUUUGGGAAGCUGUCGUGGCAGGGAAUGGAUUUUUGGUCAGUUCGAUGCCUGCGUUCUUCCGGCUUGUCAACUGCUGCUUGAAAGGUCGGGCAUCAAGGCAAUAUCUCGUGGGGAUCCCAUUAAAAUGACCAGAGCCAUAUCGAAAAUUGUUAAUUCAAAUGAUGAUCAAGGUGUUCUUACCGGUCGAUGGGACGGGGAGUACUCUGAUGGAACUGCCCCCGCUUCAUGGACUGGCAGCGUACCAAUCCUGGAAGAAUUUCUGAAAAGUGGAGAGGCGGUAAACUACGGGCAAUGUUGGGUCUUUGCCGGCGUAGUAACGACCGUUUGUCGGGCUUUGGGUAUACCUUCGAGGGUCAUCUCGAAUAUGGUCUCUGCACACGAUGCAAAUGCCUCUUUGUCCGUUGAUCGUUAUUAUAACGCCGAUAAUGAAGAGCUUGAAUACGAUCCGGAGAACCCCCUAGGCGAAGAUUCAGUCUGGAAUUACCACGUGUGGAAUGACGUGUGGAUGGCUAGGCCAGAUCUUCCCAUGGGAUACGGUGGUUGGCAGGCGAUUGAUGCUACGCCUCAGGAAACUUCCGAUGGAUUUUAUCAAUGUGGACCAACAUCUGUUGAAGCAAUCAAGCAAGGUGCCGUUGGAUACAAUUACGAUGUUCCAUUCAUGCUAGCUUCCGUCAACGCUGAUUUAAUGCGGUGGAAAGAAAAUAGCGAAAGUGAUUUCGGUUGGAGUAAAAUAGAAUGCAACAAGUACCACAUUGGACGUAUGAUUCUGACCAAAGCACCGUACAUUUUUGACCCAAACGGUGACAAAGACAGACAAGAUAUCACUUCAAUUUACAAAGCUAAGGAAGGUACCGAUGCAGAGCGCUUAACUCUGUACAGGGCGGUCCGUGGUACGGAGAGGGCAAAGAGGUUUUACGCGGUUCCUGAUCCAGCUAAAGAAGACGUUGAAUUUGAUCUGGUUGAGCUAGAAAGAAUCAAGAUCGGAGAGCCUUUUGCCGUGACAGUUCGCAUUGAAAACAAGUCUAACCAACCACGCAAUAUCAGCGCGAUUUUGUCAGCCGGAAGUGUCUACUAUACCGGAGUGAAAGCCAAUUUAGUGAAAAGGGCAACUGGGGAAUUCACCGUUCAGCCCGGUGGCACGGAAAAAUUGAAAUUAACUGUAACUGUUGAUGACUACCUGGAUAAGUUGGUUGAGUAUGCCAUCAUGAAGCUGUAUGCUAUCGCUACAGUUAAAGAGACAAGACAAACAUGGGCCGAAGAAGACGAUUUUCAGGUUUUGAAACCACCUAUUACCAUUAAGAUUCAAGACGACCUUUCAGUUGGAAAGCCAGCAGCAAUUUCGUUGAGUUUUACAAAUCCGUUGAAGAAGACCUUGACGGAGUGUAAAUUCAACUAUGCUGGACCAGGAUUGGCGAGAAACAAGACAUUGGCGUUCAGAGACGUUGCUCCAGGUGAGCUGGUGCAUGUGGAACAUCAAUUAAUACCGCAGAAGGCUGGGCAACAAACGAUCAUCGCUACUUUCACAUCCAAACAACUCGUUGACGUCACAGGCUCGAAGUCGGUUCAAGUUUUCGAAGAUUAAAUAUUUACUCAGUAUCCAGACCUUAACUUAAACAUUAGAAUUAAGAGAAUCUUUUCUUCAUUUUAUUAUCACUCUAAAAUUUCUUUAAUGAAAACAAUAUAUUGCGAAUAUUACAUGGCUUCUAAGUUUUAGCAGAUUGUUGAAACGUUACUACAUAUGCUGUCGAUAUUUUCUGAUUACCGUUGAUAUUGUACGACAAUUCCAUAGUCAGGAAUUGUUUACAGUAGCGGGCAGAUUAUUUUUAUAAACAAUUUCAGUGAGUACCAUGAAUAUCUGGGUUUUAUUUUUAGGAAACCGAAUUGUACUAUAAUGUUCAUCCUACAACAGGAUAUGAUGCUAUCCUUAUAAGAGGAUCGGUUUGUAUUUGAAAUUGUAUAAACUUUAUUUUUGCGAUCAAAUAGUGGAUAGCACAGAUCAUACUUAUGUUAGUACUUUAAAUAAGUAACCAUUUCUACUAAUUCUAUUGAUAUUAGUAUAGAUGUUAUUACUUGAUUUUUGUAACAUUUUGUACUUUUAUGACACACUCACAAUAAAUGGGGUAAUAUUCAGAA